AUGCGUCUUCCACAGGACGAGUUACCACCACCAGUUGCGAGUCCAUCAGGUCCUUCUUCCAAUAGUAAUAGCAACACAACUAUACAAAUACAAAAUAUAUUUGCAGAAGUUCAGUCUCAGCUACCAAGUGUUGUAUUUGACAACGACGACGAUGAGAAAAGUAUAUCAGAUGAUGAAUGUGAUGCAGAAGCCAAUGCUAUUCAACAGCAGUAUAUUGCACACGACUUAUUUGAUACUAACUCUCGUUUACUCAACCCAUAUCCCGAAGAUCUUUUGGAGUCUUUAUUAAAAGGUAAUGAUUCGUUUAUAUCAGCUCAUCCGAGAUUACCAGAUGCAGAAAAUCAAAAACCUCCAAGUGUUGAACUACAAAUGAGAGCUUCACCUAAUCCACUGGAGAAAGAGAGUUUAAACGAAAAUGCGUCAACCAACAAAUCAAAUCUAUCGAAUCAUUCUCAAUUUCUUUCAAUGGAUUUGCUCAAUGGCAUUGAUUUUGAAAAAUUAAACACGACGUGUGAUAAACAUAGUCGACUUCCGACAAACGUUUCUCGAUCACGUCCACAACCAACUAAUAGUCGUGCAUUUUCAAAUUCCCCAGCAAAAGAUGAUGUUGUACUGCAGCGAUUAGUUCAACAUGCUUCAAAAUUUGGCCAUGAGAGUACCGCAGGACAUUCGAACCACAUUCCACCUCAACCAUUUGAGAAUACUGGAUUUCGAAAUCUUGAACGUGCGCUGCACGAGGCCGAAGAGAGAGAUGCACGUAGAAAGAGAAUUAUGGCACCAGAAACAGAGCGUAAAACAAUCUAUCUCGAUUUACGCCAAUCUGAAAAAGAAAAGAAACGGAAAGAAGAGGAAGAAAAAACGUCCGUAUCGGUUAUUAAUCGUAUUUUACAAAGAAAUCCUACAAAUUCAAAAUCAGACAGUAGUUCAGAUGAUGAUGAAAAUAACAAUAUGCUAUGGUUCGAAAAGCGAAGAGAAAUGAAAAAUAAACUUUCAAAGUCUUGA